AUGCUCCACACUCCCUCCGAUGCCCCACCUUUCUCCACUAUCCUCCGACCUUCUCCGACUUCCUCCGCCCGGGGCCCCACUUUGCACCCGCCCCCGUCGCGUCGCUGCCACCAUUCAUUCGCUCCUAGGGCGUAUGCUUGAGCAAUGGAUGGAUGGCCUGGUGGUGUGAACCACUUCGGUUCAAUUCUGGGGACUCGGAGGGGCCGUGUUAUUGGAAGGAUCAGACUCAACGAGAAGCACCGAUUCCUUACAACUCCCCGAAGCAUCGAGAAAGCAUGUCCAAGACUGAAAGCAGCUCUGAAACCGCCCUUGAGACGGGCAUGGCAGCGAUCGACGAGAGUAAGCCCGUGGAACACGACGCAAACAUUGUAGACUGGGAUGGCCCCGGCGACCCAGCCAAUCCAGUCAACUGGCCAGGUUCUAAACGAUGGGCACAUGUGGUUAUUGUUUCUCUCCUUGGUCUUGUUACGAACCUCGCGCCGACCAUGUGCGCGCCGGGUGUCGACGGACUCAUAACGGACUUCAACAUCUCGUCGUCCACCGUCAGCACUCUCGCCGUCACCCUUUACGUGCUGGGCAUUGCCAUCGGACCCAUGUUCACGUCGCCGCUGAGUGAGGUGUACGGCCGGCUGCCCGUGUACCACGCGACCAAUCUGGUCUUUGUCGCCUUCGUUAUUGGCUGCGCGUUGAGCCACAACCUAGCACAGUUCAUGGUCUUGCGGUUCCUGUCAGGCUGUGCGGGGGGAACUCCGAUGGCCAUUGGCGGCGGAACCAUAGCCGACCUAACUCCCCUAGCCAAGCGCGGUUUUGCCAUGUCGCUGUUCAGCCUGGGCCCGCUGACCGGACCGGUGCUGGGCCCCCUUAUCGGCGGGUUCGUGGCGGCCGCGCUGGGGUGGCGCUGGACCUUUUGGGUGUUGGCCAUGAUUUCCGGCUUCGUUGGUCUGAUCGCAGCCCUAGUCAUGCGAGAGACGAACCCCAAGGCGCUGCUUGAACGCAAGGCGAGCCGUUUGCGCAUAGAGACGGGUAACCACUGUCUCAGGUCCAAGCUGGCCCGCCCGAUGACGGCCAGGCAGGUCAUUGCUCAAGCACUCUUUCGUCCAGUGAUGCUACUGCUGCGCUCGCCGAUCCUCCUGAUCAUCUCGCUAUACGUUGCCCUUACUUUUGGCCUGUUGUACCUGCUGUUUACGACGUUCAAGGACGUGUUUGAAGGCCAAUACGGAUUCACAACGGCGACUUCAGGUUGUGUGUACCUCGGGCUAGGAGUUGCUGAGGUGUUUGCAGUGGGUCUCUUUGGCAGUCUGAACAACAAGGUUCAAGCGUCGCGGAUGAAGAGGGACGGGGCGCAGAAGCCGCGGUCCGAAUACAGGCUGAUUCUCAUGAUUUGGUUCAGCCCUGCCGUGGCUGUCGGACUGUUUAUUUACGGUUGGACGGCCUACUAUAGGGUACACUGGAUCGUUCCCAUCAUUGGCACCGUUUUCGUGGGCUUUGGGGCUUUCUUCGUCAUUAUGCCCGCGCAACUUUACAUUAUCGACAUCUUUGGCUCCUCGGCUGCCGCCUCUGCCCUCGGGGCCAACAUCCUGCUCCGCUACAUAUCCGGAACCUUCCUGCCGCUAGCCGGGCCCAGCAUGUAUCGAACUCUGAACUACGGCUGGGGCAACACGCUGCUUGGAUUUCUUGCCCUCGCCUUCGUCCCGGCACCAGUGCUGUUCUACAAGUACGGGGAGCGUCUCCGUGCCAAGACGGAGUUGUUGCUGUGAUGGGUAUAUUUAGAAGCGAGGGGCUCGCUGCGAGCUCUGCGAGAAGAGACAUGUGCCCGCCGGUCUACGAAAGCUUCCUACUUGGUCUAGUGCGGUUUAUGACCCUAGUAGCUUGGUCUUUUACAUAGGGGCAGUUUGCGGUGCUCCUAUGCCCU